CCAAAAACUUUUUUUAAAAAAAAUGAACACUAACCAAACACCUCCCAACGCUAACCUCAAUCUCCUCCAAGUCUUCACUCGUGUGGAGCAUCGUCUUAUCAAUGUAGAGACGAAUCAAGCAAUCAUUCUGGACAAGCUCAGCCGGAUCCUAACAGCGCAAUCCCUAGUCGAGGUGCCAGUUGUCGAUGAAGCAAAACUUGCUGAGACGGUUGCCCUCAUUCCCCACCCAGUGGCCUCUGAAUACCAAGGAGAAGAUGGUGAAGAAAGCUAACAAGGAUGAUGUUGAGCGCCUUCUCCUUCAAGGCUACCACCAGUUUGAAGGUGGUGCUUUGAUCAAAGCCCAGACGGACAUCAAGCACAUCCGCGAACGUGUUGUGGUCGAUCUGGUGAAAAGAUUGCAGAAUCGUGCUGACAACAGCGUGACCCACUACUUUGCUAAGCUACAAAGCAAAGAUAGCAACUGGGCUAUUAGCCUUUUCAUGAACCUGGCAAAAAAGCAGGGCAUUGAUUUUGCUGUCUGCCAGGGCCAGUGGGCAGCUCGCCAUAUCCUCCAGGAAUGCUGGAAUAACUACGGCAGAUCCAGCAAGUCGAGAGCGGUUUCUAGAACCGGCUUCUGCUCUUCCUGCUUCUGCUUCUCUUCCUGUUUCCGCUUCUGCUUCUCUUCCUGCUUCUGCUUCUGCUUUUCUUCCUGCCCCUACCCCUGCCCAGUCCACGCAGUCUACCAAACGACGCCGUACGACAAAGCGGCUCGGAGCUGCUCUCCCCCACAAAAAUAAACAUAAUUAAAGGGAAGGGAAUUGAUACGGGCACGACAAGUUAUUUCCUUAUAUGUUCGGGGCACGACAAGCUCUAAUAAUAAAUAUGCUAUGUUACACAGAGCUGCAUAAUAGCUGACACUCUUGUGUUAAUUAUAGCAGAUGAGUGGUGUCGUGCCCGUAAGAAGCAUUGAUUUCUUGUUUCUUAUUUAUAAGUCUUCUGUUCAAAUUUGCUCAUAGAUCACAGCCAGAUUUUGAUA